GAAUGCUUAGUGGAGAUAACCGACACACGGAACAUGAGUGUUACUUUUUCUGGUGCCAUUUAGCGAACACCAGAGACAUACCUGUACGCACUACGUCCGCCCCAGACGGGGAGGGGUUUUGAAUGUUUUUGUGUGACUGUCAAGUCGACUCUAAUUUGAAAUCGAGAAAAUAAGACGUCGGACUGAAGAUCAAACCUAUAGUUUACGGACUCCGGUCUGUUUUGCGUUCUAGUUCCUAUGAUAUAUUUUUAUUGAGAAGCAAUCAGUCAAGGAAUAUUAAGUCUGUUCUGGUGUGGUGCUGGGGAUUUUAUAUCCACCUCGUCUUUUUAGAAGAAUGGCGAGAGACGCUAAACAUUGCCCCCUAUCACCAAUGAAAAACAGUUUGUUGGUGACAGCAGGGAUACUUCUGAUUAUUCAAGCUGCUUCGUGUCAGCGGGUGAGGGUGGUACCAGAGGUGGAGGCGUACCCCGCCGAGUCGGUCGACCUGCGCUGUCAGUUUGUCGACGGAGGAAACACCAAGCUCACACAGGUGUCGUGGAUAUGGGAGCCCACGGAGGGCCAGAGGGACAACAUUGCCGUCUUUCACCCCAUAUAUGGCGAGAGCUUCCCCGAAUCGCCCUUCAACGGGCGUGUCCGCUUCAUCCAAGGCACCUUGACAAACCCCUCCAUUACCAUCAGCAGCCUCAAGAUGGCCGACGCCGGGCGUUACACCUGCGAGUACGCCACUUACCCCAGCGGCAAUGAGCAAGGCACCACCAAUCUGGUCAUACUUGCGAAACCCAAGAACUCUGCAUCCCCCGUUGUCGUCCAAGCCAGCACAAGCGGCAAACCAGUGGUCGUGGCCCAGUGUGAGGCGGCUGACGGCAAGCCAGCAGCCACCAUCAAGUGGAUGGGAGAAGUCGGUGGCACCGAUAACACCACCUCCAAAAAAGGUCUGGACGGCACGGUGACGGUGAGGAGCGUGUACCUACUGGUGCCCACGCCUGAGGACAACGGCAAGGAGGUCACCUGCAUGAUCAGCCAGCGCACUCAGGACAAGCCGCAGACCUUCCCCAUGAAGCUGUCCGUUGAAUCCCCCCUUCUUUCUCAGACUGUGACCAUAGUGGGCUAUGAUAACAACUGGUACAUUGGUCGGACCGACGCUGUCCUGACCUGCAAGGCCACUGGCAACCCUGCCCCCACCAACGUCACUUGGACAGCCAUGUCCGGUCGGAUGCCUGACACGGUACAGAUCGCCGACAACAAGCUGAUCGUGCGGAAGGUGGACGAGGCUGUGAACACCACCUUCGUCUGCGAGGUGAAGAACCGGCUGGGAGUGAGCAAGCACCAGGUCACCACGGCGGUCAUCGAGGCCAUAGUGGACCCGUCCAACGCGGGCGUGGUGGUGGGGGCUAUCAUCGGCAGCCUGCUGGCCCUACUGCUGGUCAGCUCGCUGAUUGCUGUCCUGGUGACCCGCAGUCGCCGGCAACGGCGCGGUUACCCCGGCAAUGGAGAGCCUGGCGCCUACGGGAACAAAGCCCGCCUCUUCGGCGGAGCUGGCAACAAGAACGAAGGCACGGGGGCCAACAUCAACGGGCCCAUCUAUACGUACCGCGAGAGCGACCCCGGAGCGCUGGCGGAGAAUGUCAACGACUUCCACGGUCCGCCAGGCUCCACUCCCACCGCCCACGACAUCCUGCUGAGUAGCGAGAUGGACGAGGCGGAGCGCAGGAAAUUUGAUGCUCUCGACGACAGCCUGGAGGAGGAAGAGGAGCGCUACGACAGCUUUAGCGUGGGCAUGGUUCCAGCCUAUCACAUCCACCGGCACAACGAAGAGAUGGGAGGGGUCAGCAUGUACCUCGACGACGACAUGGAGUCACAGCGGGACGGAUCGGUCAUCUCCCGGACUGCCAUCUACGUCUAGAGAGGGGCGGUCAACCAACAGGGUCCAGGAGGGAGAGCUGAGGACAGGGUGGAGAGUCCACCAACAACCACCCAUCCCCCUGCAUACUAAAUAGACAUGCUACGCUUAUGGUAAUUUUACACAAAAAAAUAACUACAGAAACAAAAGAAGGUGUUGAAACUGAACUGUAACUGAGGAACAAGCGGAAUGAUGACUUGAGUGCGCUGGUCAAUGACUCGGCAUCUCGAUAAGUCAGUCAGUCUACCAAAAUAAAUAGUAACAAUGUAACUCAUCUUCAAUGCUGCUUACUGCUCCAUUUCAUCUUAGCAAGUGAAACGUGAAGAGUGACCAUGUGACUGCGUUUAGUACCCCACUAAUCCACAGGACUGCAAACACUAAAGACUUUUUCUCUGUAAGGAAACGUACCGUUCAAUGUCGCCUUCGUGGUACAACUUUUAGACGCAUUCCUAGAUGGUCACACUCGUUCUAUCACCACGGCUACUGCUUGAAGACGUCCUCCAGCGGACCGCCGUGCGGAGGACGAGGAACCGAGCUGUAACUUGUUGUCUUCGUGUGCAUCAUCACAGGCGUUCCAUAGCACAGUGUUACGUAGAAAUGGUCUUUUGUAUUAUCAAGAUGUUUGGGCCUUCAGGCCUUGUUGAAACCACAUUUGGUGUUAAUGACUCAUAUAUAAUGACUUAGGCAGAGUUAGUCCCACCAACUUCCAUUCCCUUCUUUCUUUUUCUUUUCGUUUUUUUCUCUCUUCAUUAUUUUCUUUUACAUAUGGGAGGCCAGCGACGUGGUAGACCGAGCUGGAGCUGGGGUUUGGAUGAGAGAAAUGGUGCGACCAGAACUGUUUGUUUUUCCCCAACUGUCUGUUGGCGGUUCAUGUUGGUGGAACGUCACUGCUAAAGCGAAGGGCGGCGGGGUCAGCUGGCACCAUCCCAGGGUAUUGGGCCCAGUGCCAGGCUGUACUGGCCUUCCACGCUGAGGGACCAGCCAGCUCCUGUAAUGAUCGGAGCCACGUCUAGUCUGCCUAGCGAUAGCAUGAGACAGAUCGACAUGCACACCCAGCUCUAACUGAACCUCCUGCUCUGCCUGUCAGUUUGACCAAUUAAAAAACAAAAAGGAAGCGGACUCCAUUUCCCCGGCAAGUCAAUAAACGCGCCGUCUAUUUAAUGGUAAAGAAAUGUUUCGCCGCUGAUGCUCGAGGGAGCGGAGGCGGAAUAUUUCCCUCGUUUUAAAUUUUUUUUUUAUACCAGAACAAACUGUUCCUAGCCCACAUGUUUAAUUCAGGAGUAGAAGAAGCAUAAAAGUGUUGCGCAUUAUCUUAUGUAGAGGUAUAGAGCGAGAGAGGCUGAUUUCUGGCUGGUAUUGAGCGCUUUUGCGAUUUUUAAUGCAGAUAAGCCCAAGCAUUAAUAAUAAGACAAGCCGCACAUACGGCUGAAAUUGCGAAGCUUCACUCCCGAACACAGUAGGAGUUAUGAAGUGUUAUGAGGUCGACCGUCUGCCUUGUUGUCGACCGUCAACGAUCGAUUCAUCUACUUCAAAAUACAGUAUUAUCAUUAUUUUAGCAGGGCGAAAUGCUGAGUCGUUGUUUUUUUUGCUGUAUGUUAAUGGACAAAUCUCUGCCGGGCCUUCUAAGGGGAGCAGUAACACACAAAAUACGCCUGUGACUGUGUGUGGGGAUGUUUCUGACCAUGUGCGAGGCCCAUUAGUUCUAAGCCUGGCCGGCAUAUGUGUUUUUCGAGUUCUGAGUUGACCGAAUUUGAAUCGCUGCCAGACUUGGAACGAGGUUAAGGGGCUAACUCCACCCGCAGUAUGUUCCACUGUCAGAUUGCCGCAGUUCACUUUAACGUAGCGGCCUAGUGUGUGUGUGUGUGUAUUGUGCAAGGGUGUAUGUAGCGUGAUUGUACAGAUUCGAGUUGUGUAUAUCCCACAUGCUGAUUCACCGCGCAAUAGCCCAAUGUUAUGCAGGAGUUGUUUUGCAUAAUGUCAUACAUAUGGAUGGCUAAGCCUAUCUCUGAGUCAUUCAUCAGUCAUUUCAUGCACAGUAACCUCACUGAUGAAGGGGUUGGAGGACGGUGAUAGGAAACUGCUUAGCACGGGGACCCGCGUGGACUUGAAUAUUACACUGGCGGAGCCAGGAUGAAGCCGGACUGGCUCAAAGGGCCUUUGGAGUGGUCUCCUGUGCCACCUCCGGCCAGAUGGAAACUUGAUUGGGUAUUGGCGUCUGGGCCGUUGCUCUGUAAAUAUUGUGCCCCAUUCCCCCUCCUUUGCUUUUUCUUAUCACAGAUAGAGGUCGACUGAUUAUGAUUUUUCAACGGCGAUACCGAAUUAUUGGAGGACCAAAAAAAAGCCAAUACCGAUUUCUUAUUUUUAAAUAAA